ACUACUCCUGUUGUGACAACUACUACUGUUGUGACUACCACUGUUUUGACUAAUACUAUUGUUGUGACUACUACUGAUGUGACAACUACUGUUGUGACUAUUACUACUGUUGUGAGUACUACUACUGUUGUGAUUACUACGUCUGUUGUGACUACUACUACUGUUGUGACUACUACUGUUGUGACUACUACUAUUGUUGUGACUACUACUGAUGUGACAACUACUGUUGUGACUAUUACUACUGUUGUGAGUACUACUACUGUUGUGAUUACUACGUCUGUUGUGACUACUACUACUGUUGUGACUACUACUGCUGUUGUGACAACUACUACUGUUGUGACUACUUCUGUUAUGACUACUACUAUUGUUGUGACUACUACCGUUGUGACAACUACUGUUGUGACUAUUACUGUUGUGACUACUCCUGUUGUGACAACUACUACUGUUGUGAGUACUAUUGUGGUGACAACUACUGCUGUGCCUACUACUACUAUUGUGACUACUACUACUGUUUUGAUUAUUACUACUAUUGUUGUGACUACUGCUAUUGUGACAACUACUGUUGUUGUGAUUACUACUGUGGUGACGACUACUGCUGUGCCUUCUACUACUGUUGUGACUACUACUACAGUUGUGACAACUACUGUUAUGACUAAUACUGUUGUGACUGCUUCUAUUGUUGUGACUACUACUACUUUUGUGACAACUACUAUUGUGACUACUACUACUGUUGUGACAACUACUAUUGUGACUAAUACUGAUGUAACUGCUUCUAUUGUUGUGACUACUACUGUUAUGAUUACUACUGUUGUGAUUACUACGACUGUUGUGACAACUACUGUUGUGACUACUACUGUUGUGACUACUACUGUUGUGAUUACUACGACUGUUGUGACUUCUACUGUUGUGACAACUACUGUGAUGACUACUACUGUGAUGACUACUACUGUGAUGACUACUACUGUGAUGACUACUACUGUGAUGACUACUGCUGACAAAUUGUCUGUGGCCCCCAAUGUGGCCACUGUGGCCCCCAACGUGGCCACAGGGGCAACACGUGGCCCCUGUGGCCCCCCCAACGUGGCCACAGGGGCAACACGUGGCCCCUGUGGCCCCCCCAACGUGGCCACAGAGGCAACACGUGGCCACUGUGGCCCCCAACGUGGCCACAUGGGCAACACGUGGCCACUGUGGCCCCCAACGUGGCCACUGUGGCCCCCAACGUGGCCACUGUGGCAACACGUGGCUCCUGUGGCCCCCAACGUGGCCACAGGGGCAACACGUGGCCCCUGUGGCCCCCCCAACGUGGCCACAGGGGCAACACGUGGCCCCUGUGGCCCCCCCAACGUGGCCACAGGGGCAACACGUGGCCACUGUGGCCCCCAACGUGGCCACAUGGGCAACACGUGGCCACUGUGGCCCCCAACGUGGCCACAUGGGCAACACGUGGCCACUGUGGCCCCCAACGUGGCCACUGUGGCCCCCAACGUGGCCACUGUGGCAACACGUGGCCACUGUGGCCCCCAACGUGGCCACUGUGGCCCCCAACGUGGCCACAGGGGGCAGUCUGAGUAUGAGGGCCGUAUAAGUACCAACAGCAGCGGCCCCAACAGUAGCUGCCCCAACAGUAGCGGCCCCAACAGUAGCGGCCCCAACAGUAGCGGCCCCAACAGUAGCGGCCUCAACAGCAGCGGCCCCAACAGUAGCGGCCCCAACAGUAGCGGCCCCAACAGUAGCGGCCCCAACAGUAGCGGCCUCAACAGCAGCGGCCCCAACAGUAGCGGCCUCAACAGCAGCGGCCCCAACAGCAGCGGCCCCAACAGCAGCGGCCCCAACAGCAGCGGCCUCAACAGUAGCGGCCCCAACAGUAGCGGCCUCAACAGCAGCGGCCCCAACAGCAGCGGCCCCAACAGUAGCGGCCCCAACAGUAGCGGCCCCAACAGUAGCGGCCCCAACAGUAGCGGCCCCAACAGUAGCGGCCCCAACAGUAGCGGCCUCAACAGCAGCGGCCCCAACAGCAGCGGCCACAACAGUAUCGGCCUCAACAGUAGCGGCCUCAACAGUAGCGGCCUCAACAGUAGCGGCCCCAACAGUAGCGGCCUCAACAGUAGCGGCCCCAACAGUAUCGGCCCCAACAGUAGCGGCCUCAACAGUAGCGGCCCCAACAGUAGCGGCCACAACAGUAUCGGCCCCAACAGUAGCGGCCUCAACAGUAGCGGCCCCAACAGUAGCGGCCCCAACAGCAGCGGCCCCAACAGUAGCGGCCCCAACAGUAGCAGCCCCAACAGCAGCGGCCCCAACAGCAGCGGCCCCAACAGUAGCGGCCCCAACAGUAGCGGCCCCAACAGUAGCGGCCCCAACAGCAGCGGCCCCAACAGUAGCGGCCUCAACAGUAGCAGCCCCAACAGCAGCGGCCCCAACAGCAGCGGCCACAACAGUAGCGGCCCCAACAGUAGCGGCCCCAACAGUAGCGGCCCCAACAGCAGCGGCCCCAACAGUAGCGGCCUCAACAGUAGCGGCCCCAACAGUAGCGGCCCCAACAGUAGCGGCCCCAACAGUAGCUGCCCCAACAGCAGCGGCCCCAACAGCAGCGGCCCCAACAGUAGCGGCCCCAACAGUAGCGGCCCCAACAGUAGCGGCCCCAACAGUAGCGGCCCCAACAGUAGCGGCCUCAACAGUAGCCGCCCCAACAGUAGCGGCCCCAACAGUAGCGGCCCCAACAGUAGCGGCCCCAACAGCAGCGGCCUCAACAGUAGCGGCCCCAACAGCAGCGGCCCCAACAGCAGCGGCCCCAACAGUAGCGGCCCCAACAGUAGCGGCCCCAACAGUAGCGGCCCCAACAGUAGCGGCCCCAACAGUAGCGGCCUCAACAGUAGCGGCCCCAACAGCAGCGGCCCCAACAGUAGCGGCCCCAACAGCAGCGGCCCCAACAGUAGCGGCCCCAACAGUAGCGGCCCCAGCAGUAGCGGCCUCAACAGUAGCGGCCCCAACAGCAGCGGCCCCAACAGCAGCGGCCUCAACAGUAGCGGCCCCAACAGUAGAGGCCCCAACAGCAGCGGCCCCAACAGCAGCGGCCCCAACAGUAGCGGCCCCAACAGUAGCGGCCCCAACAGUAGCGGCCCCAACAGUAGCGGCCCCAACAGUAGCGGCCCCAACAGUAGCGGCCCCAACAGCAGCGGCCCCAACAGUAGCGGCCCCAACAGUAGCGGCCCCAACAGUAGCGGCCCCAACAGUAGCGGCCCCAACAGUAGCGGCCCCAACAGUAGCGGCCCCAACAGUAGCGGCCCCAACAGUAGCGGCCUCAACAGUAGCGGCCCCAACAGUAGCGGCCUCAACAGUAGCGGCCCCAACAGUAGCGGCCCCAACAGUAGCGGCCUCAACAGUAGCGGCCCCAACAACAGCGGCCCCAACAGUAGCGGCCCCAACAACAGCGGCCCCAACAGUAGCGGCCUCAACAGUAGCGGCCCCAACAGUAGCGGCCUCAACAGUAGCGGCCUCAACAGUAGCGGCCUCAACAGUAGCGGCCUCAACAGUAGCGGCCCCAACAACAGCGGCCCCAACAACAGCGGCCCCAACAGUAGCGGCCCCAACAACAGCGGCCCCAACAGCAGCGGCCCCAACAGUAGCGGCCUCAACAGUAGCGGCCCCAACAUAGCGGCCUCAACAGUAGCGGCCCCAACAGUAGCGGCCUCAACAGUAGCGGCCCCCAGUAGCGGCCCCAACAGCAGCGGCCCCAACAGUAGCGGCCCCAACAGUAGCGGCCCCAACAGCAGCGGCCCCAACAGCAGCGGCCUCAACAGUAGCGGCCCCAACAGUAGCGGCCCCAACAGCAGCGGCCCCAACAGUAGCGGCCUCAACAGUAGCGGCCCCAACAGCAGCGGCCCCAACAGCAGCGGCCACAACAGUAGCGGCCCCAACAGUAGCGGCCCCAACAGUAGCGGCCCCAACAGCAGCGGCCCCAACAGUAGCAGCCCCAACAGCAGCGGCCCCAACAGCAGCGGCCACAACAGUAGCGGCCCCAACAGUAGCGGCCCCAACAGUAGCGGCCCCAACAGCAGCGGCCCCAACAGUAGCGGCCCCAACAGCAGCGGCCCCAACAGCAGCGGCCCCAACAGUAGCGGCCCCAACAGCAGCGGCCUCAACAGUAGCGGCCCCAACAGCAGCGGCCUCAACAGUAGCAGCCCCAACAGCAGCGGCCCCAACAGUAGCAGCCCCAACAGCAGCGGCCUCAACAGUAGCAGCCCCAACAGCAGCGGCCCCAACAGCAGCGGCCUCAACAGUAGCGGCCCCAACAGUAGCGGCCCCAACAGUAGCGGCCCCAACAGUAGCUGCCCCAACAGCAGCGGCCCCAACAGCAGCGGCCCCAACAGUAGCGGCCCCAACAGUAGCGGCCCCAACAGUAGCGGCCCCAACAGUAGUGGCCUCAACAGUAGCGGCCCCAACAGUAGCGGCCCCAACAGUAGCGGCCCCAACAGUAGCGGCCCCAACAGCAGCGGCCCCAACAGUAGCGGCCCCAACAGCAGCGGCCCCAACAGUAGCUGCCCCAACAGCAGCGGCCCCAACAGUAGCGGCCUCAACAGUAGCGGCCCCAACAGUAGCGGCCUCAACAGCAGCGGCCUCAACAGUAGCGGCCCCAACAGCAGCGGCCCAACAGUAGCGGCCCCAACAGUAGCGGCCCCAACAGUAGCGGCCCCAACAGUAGCGGCCCCAACAGUAGCGGCCUCAACAGCAGCGGCCCCAACAGUAGCGGCCCCAACAGCAGCGGCCCCAACAGCAGCGGCCCCAACAGUAGCGGCCUCAACAGCAGCGGCCCCAACAGUAGCGGCCUCAACAGCAGCGGCCCCAACAGUAGCGGCCUCAACAGAAGCGGCCCCAACAGCAGCGGCCCCAACAGCAGCGGCCCCAACAGUAGCGGCCCAACAGCAGCGGCCCCAACAGUAG